UUAUUGUUGCAACAAUUACAAGAUUCUUAAUCUUACGUGUGAAAAAUAGUUAGCGUUCGUCAGUAAACUUUUAGGCAAAGAUUCGGCAACUGCACUGAUAAAAAAUGUGCCAGCGAUAAAACAAACUGGGAGAAACGAACGGUGAAAAAGUAAUCAGUGUGUGCACAAAAGAAAAAGGACACGUUUAGUAUGAUGAGGCAGUCCAAUUUUUUGUUGAGCAUAUUGCUAUUCUUGGUGAUUUCACGGGGCCAGCUGUUGCGAGCCGAAUUGCAGGGGCCUACCAACACGAUAGACAGACCAACAAAUGGGGUCGAGGCCAAUACCGGCACAGUGCCCCCCUCUGCAACUGAGCCACAGGGAAAAGCUGAUGCUGAUGAGAUUAAAACAGCUGACCAGGAUACAACAGCAUCUGCCGCAACUGACUCAACGACUCCCGGCAGCAAUGAUCGCAAAGCGGCUAAGCUGAAGGAUGCUGAGUUUGCGCCACGUACCAAAAUAAUGUCAUCAGCGUUAUUUGAGCGCUUGUGGAAUGACAGUGUAAAGAAGCAACAACUUCUUAAAGCUCAAAUUGAAGCGAUUGAAGCACGAAAACCGUCCGUCGAACCCACAGACCUAACGCCCGAACAAAUCGAGGCUCAAAGUCUUUAUGAUAAUGCCAUGGAAAUGCUGGCCAAGCCCCGCACAGACAAGCGUGUAGCAUUUACGCUGCUGCAAAAGGCUGCUGCAUUUAAUCAUCUUAAGGCCCGCGCUGAACUAGCCUGGGCUGCGCUGCUUGGACAUUGGACAUCCUUUGAUUUUCAGCAUGCGGCCGAAGAGUUUGAGACGUUGGCAAACCAAGGCGUUCCAGAAGCUCAUAUGGGUCUUGGAUUUUUGUACUCUAUUGGCGUGGGUGGCAAAAAUGUAAGCCAGCCUCUAGCGCUUAUACACUACACCCUGGCAUCUUUGGGUGAUCAUACACUUGCUCAAAUGGCCAUCGGCUAUCGCUAUUUGUAUGGCAUCAAUGUGCCAGUUAGCUGCGAAAAAGCUUUGGUUCAAUAUAAGCGUGUGGCCAAGAAAGUAGCAUCCAAGGUGACGUUUGCUAAUGGGCCCAUUGUGCAUCGUGUUAGACUGCUUGAUGAGCAAGAGAAUCCCGGCAGUCAGGAGACUGAAAUUGUAGACUACUAUCAGCUGCUGGCUGACAAGGGAGAUGUGCAGUCGCAAGUUGGUUUGGGUCAAUUAUACUAUCAAGGCGGCAAAGCCACAGAACAGGAUCAUCAAAAGGCGUUGGAGUAUUUUACAUUAGCAGCCAAUGCAGGUAAUGCCAUAGGCUUUGCUUUCCUGGGUAAACUCUAUCUAGAGGGCAGCGAGCAAAUCAAAGCGGACAAUGACACAGCUUUUAAGUACUUUUCGAAAGCAUCCGAAAUGGGCGAUCCAGUGGGUCAGAGCGGCUUGGGUCUUAUGUACUUAAAAGGCUUGGGCGUGCCCAAGGAUUCUAUUAAAGCCUUAUCUUACUUUACACAAGCUGCUGAUCAGGGUUGGGUUGAUGGACAGCUUCAAUUAGGAACCAUGUAUUUCACUGGGAACGGUGUUAAGACUGACUAUAAGCUGGCGCUGAAGUAUUUCAAUCUGGCUACGCAGUCUGGUCAUGUCUUGGCCUAUUACAACCUGGGAAUAAUGCAUGCCUAUGGCAUGGGAAUGCUACGCUCCUGUCCGGCUGCUGUGGAGUUCUUCAAAAACGUAGCGGAACGUGGUCGCUGGAGCAGCAGACUGAUGCAUGCGUACAGCGACUAUAAACAUAAUCGCAUUGAUGAGGCCUACAUGCAGUACUCGCUAAUGGCCGAGGUGGGCUAUGAGGUGGCACAGAGUAAUGCAGCUUUUCUUCUUGAUCGCGAAGAGGUGCAUGUUUUUAACGAUAGACAUGAGGAUUUGAUUCGUGCAUUCUACUAUUGGAAACGUGCUGCCGGGCAAGGAUAUUCCGCGGCACAGGUUAAGCUUGGCGAUUACUAUUACUAUGGUUGGGGCACUAAAACAGAUUUUGAAACGGCUGCAGCACUUUACAGAAAAGCAUCGGAGCAACAGUAUAAUGCUCAAGCCAUGUUCAACUUGGGUUACAUGCAUGAGCAAGGCUUAGGCAUGAAAAAGGAUUGGCAUUUAGCCAAGCGUUUGUAUGAUUUGGCAGCCGAAACAAAUUCAGAUGCUAAAGUCCCUGUAGCUAUAGCGUUGUUUAAGCUACAAAUGUUAACAAAAAUUGAGGCAGUUAAAGAGUCACCCUAUAGAUUUAUUUUCUAUAUGGAUGAAAAUAUUGCUGCCAAUUGGGAUCUUUACAUGAUUACCAUACUGACUUUAUUGCUAGGCAUUAUAAUGUAUACAAGACGACCAUUCCAACAGCAGGAGCAAGCGCAGGCUCAAGCACAGCAGCAGCCAGAACCAGGGAAUAACUUGGCUGCUGUGCCCAAUAACGCCGCACAGCCAACAGCUGAAUCUGCGCCAUCCACAACUAAUACGGCAGCUACUUCAGCUGCUGCCGAUAGCGCUGCGGCUACGAGCACAGCGACAGCAGCAGCAUCAACUAUGAGCGAGGCGUCUAGUGGGACAGCGACUGCUGGGAAUUCGUCCACGGCGAGCAGCAGUAAUACACUAGAUCCCACUGAUUAGUCUUAAUAAAUUUGGUAAAAAUCAUCCUUAGUUUAAUUAGUGACCAUGUAAAUAUUUAUCAUCUAUUUUUUUAUCAU